AUGUCGGCUGCGCCCGGCCUCCUGCACCAGGAGCUGUCUUGCCCGCUGUGCCUGCAGCUGUUCGACGCGCCCGUGACGGCCGAGUGCGGCCACAGCUUCUGCCGCGCCUGCCUGGGUCGCGUGGCCGGGGAGCCCGCGGAGGACGGCACCGUGCUCUGCCCGAGCUGUCAGGCCCCCACGCGGCCGCAGGCGCUCAGCACCAACCUGCAGCUGGCGCGCCUGGUGGAGGGGCUGGCGCAGGUGCCGCAGGGCCACUGCGAGGAGCACCUGGACCCGCUCAGCAUCUACUGCGAGCAGGACCGCACGCUCGUGUGCGGCGUGUGCGCCUCGCUCGGCUCGCACCGCGGCCACCGCCUGCUGCCGGCCGCCGAGGCCCAUGCGCGCCUCAAGACACAGCUCCCGCAGCAGAAACUGCAGCUGCAGGAGGCAUGCAUGCGCAAGGAGAAAAGCCGGUCUGUGCUGGAGCAUCAGCUGAUGGAGGUGGAGGAGACUGUGCGUCGUUUCCGGGGGGCCGUGGGGGAGCAGCUGGGCAAGAUGCGGGUGUUCCUGGCAGCACUGGAGUCCUCCCUGGAGAGCGAGGCCGAGCGUGUGCGGGAUGAGGCGGGGGUGGCCCUCCGGCGGGAGGUGGCGGGCCUGGGCUCUUACCUGGAGCAGCUGCGGCAGAUGGAGAAGGUGCUGGAAGAGGUGGCCGACAAGCCGCAGACCGAGUUUCUCAUGAAAUACUGCCUGGUGACCAGCAGGCUGCAGAAGAUCCUGGGAGAGUCACCACCACCUGCACGCCUGGACAUCCAGCUGCCCGUCAUCUCAGAUGACUUCAAAUUCCAGGUGUGGAGGAAGAUGUUCCGGGCUCUGAUGCCAGCGCUGGAGGAGCUAACUUUUGACCCGAGUUCCGCGCACCCGAGCCUGGUGCUGUCGCCGUCUGGUCGCCGCGUGGAGUGCUCAGAGCAGAAGGCGCCGCCCGCGGGGGAGGACCCGCGCCAGUUCGACAAGGCGGUGGCGGUGGUGGCGCACCAGCUGCUCUCCGAAGGCGAGCACUACUGGGAAGUGGAAGUGGGCGACAAGCCGCGCUGGGCCCUCGGUGUGAUCGCGGCCGAGGCCUGUCGCCGCGGCCGGCUGCACGCCGUGCCCUCGCAGGGCCUCUGGCUGCUCGGGUUGCGCGACGGCAAGAUCCUGGAGGCGCACGUCGAGGCCAAGGAGCCGGGCGCACUGCGCGCCCCGGAGACGCGGCCGUCGCGCAUCGGGCUCUACCUCAGCUUUGCUGACGGUGUCCUCGCCUUCUACGACGCCAGCGAUGCCGACGCCCUGGCGCUGCUGUUUGCCUUCCGCGAGCGCCUGCCCGGGCCCGUGUACCCCUUCUUCGACGUGUGCUGGCAUGACAAGGGCAAAAACGCACAGCCUCUGCUGCUCGUGGGGCAAGAUGGCUAG